AGUCUGCGUGCGUGAGUGGGAGGCGGCAGGCCUCUGACUCCGGCCUUCCCGGCUCACUGCUCCAGCGAGACGUCUCUAGCCAUGAACCGGUUUGGUGCCCGGUUGGUGGGAGCCACGGCGACCCCGCCGCCGCCGCCGCCGCAUAAAGCCCGCAGCAAUGAAAACCUAGACAAAAUCGAUAUGUCUCUGGAUGAUAUUAUCAAAUUGAAUCGAAAGGAAGGAAAGAAGCAGAAUUUUCCAAGACUAAAUAGAAGACUCCAGCAAAGUGGUACCCGGCAAUUCAGGAUGCGAGUACGGUGGGGAAUCCAACAGAACUCUGGUUUUGGUAAAACUAGUCUGAACCGCAGAGGAAGAGUAAUGCCUGGAAAGAGACAUCCCUAUGGAGUUAUCACUGGCCUUGCAGCUAGAAAAGCAACUGGAAUUCGAAAAGGAAUUAGUCCUAUGAAUCGUCCACCUCUAAGUGACAGAAAUAUAGAACGGUAUUUUCCAGUGUUAAAAAGGAAGGCAAGCCUUCUGAGACAAAAUGAAGUGCAAAGGAAACCAGUUGCAGUUCUCAAGAGACCUAAUCAGUUAAACAGAAAAAAUAACAUUCCAGCUAAUUUUACCAGGAGUGGAAAUAAAUUAAGCCAUCAGAAAGACACUCGUCAGGCAACUUUUCUUUUCAGAAGAGGCCUGAAGGUUCAGGCCCAGUUGAACACAGAGCAACUGCUAGAUGAUGUAGUAGCAAAGAGAACUCGUCAAUGGCGUACUUCUACCACAAAUGGAGGAAUUCUGACAGUAUCCAUUGACAAUCCUGGAGCAGUGCAGUGCCCAGUAACUCAGAAACCACGAUUAACUCGGACCUCCGUACCCUCAUUCUUAACAAAACGAGAGCAGUCUGAUGUAAAGAAAGUUCCUAAAGGGGUCCCCCUACAAUUUGACAUCAAUAGUGUUGGAAAACAGACAGGAAUGACUUUGAAUGAGCGAUUUGGGAUAUUGAAGGAACAAAGAGCAACGCUCACGUUCAACAAAGGAGGAAGUCGCUUUGUAACUGUGGGAUAAGAGUCCAUGUCAAAGGAACUUUUAAAUGAUGACUGUUUGAAAAAGUUGGAUUGCUUGAAGAAUUCAUCACAGAAAUUCAAGAAACUUUACUUCAGAAUAUUCACAAGGCUAAAUCUUAUUUUUGAAGUUUUUUUUUUUUGUUUGUUUGUUUUUUUAAGAAAAACAUGUAUAAAAUAAUGCCCUGAAAGAGUAACAGGGAAUAUACCUAUUUGUUCUUAAAGAUUUCAUGGUUGGCCCAAACAGAACAAUUCUCUGUUGACUUCAUUGGUGCCUCAUGCAGCAGAGGGAAGACAAAGAUAGAAAUUGAUUAUUUUUAUGAUAGUUGUAUUUAGGUUCUCAUCAACUUUGCCCAUUUUUUUAGACUUUGCCAUGGUAAAUCUUAGUUUUCAGAAAUAUGAGUAGGCCUCUUUGUUGUUGUCACUUAUCCUUUAGUAGCGUUGAUAUAAUAAGUGCAGUUGCCUUUUCUUCAUGAGAGAUGUUUUAAAAACUUGAGAAUUCCAGUUUUGGCUUUUAAGAUUUAUGGAAAUAUCUGGAAUUUGGUUUAUUUUUCAGGUAGUUUUAGGUUAAACACCCAGAGUUAUAAGUCUUUAGUGCUGAACUUUUAACAAAAAAAUGUGGUUCUUGGCAUUAGUGUCAGUUUAAAAUGUUGGUGUUUCAAGGCUAUAAAUGCGUAUUUACAAAGUUAAUCUGACAGGGUGUUGGAGGGAGAAGGUCCGAUGUAAAAAACCUGACAAUUUGUGUUUCAUAAAUGAAGAAAGCAUGAAAGGAAGUAGCAAGUUGAAAGAUUAUAAACUUAGAUGAAUAACUUCAAAACCCAGUUAUAGGUAUAUUCUUUGGAUUUAGUGUAGUCUUUAAUGUCCACAAAUUCUUUUUCAGAUGACAUUUAUACGAAUUAAAAUUUUAAAAUUGAGUCCCUUAGAUAUUUUGUAGUAAACUUAAUAGCCAUAAAGUCCUACACUUUCUUCUUAUUCAGAAUGUUAAAGUUCAUAAGCUUUAAGCUUGCUAAAUUAAUUUACAACUCUAAAAAGAAAAAUAUACUUGUUUAUGUCAAAGAAAAUGCAAAAUUAUAAUAGAGUUACACUGUAACCUUGUGUUCCUUUCACUCUGAUUUCUUACAUGAUACAAACUUCAGACAUUUAUAAGGAGAAAGGAUUUUUUGCCUAUUCUGGAGGGGUGGGAGGAGUUAGUCUGAUGUGCCAAGAUAGUGCUAAGAGUCCCUUAAUAGUUGUAUACUGUAAAUUACAGUAAAAUGCCAAAAUGCAGCAAAAUAUUCCAGCUACUGGUUAACAAGUUUGGUCACUUUGAAGCUUGACGUUUUGGUUUGCUAUAUAGUGCAAACCUUUAAGUAGGUGUUAAGUUUCUCUGGUGUUAGAUGUUGACUUUUCUUUUCCUGUAACAAAACAAAACAAAAAACAUUAUCACUCCUGCCUACCUUGCAUUGUGUACUAGACUUCAUUGUCUCUCAUGCUCCUUGGGUUACUUGGUUUAUGCUAGCCAUGUAAAGCUAUCAGUAACAGUUUCAUGCUUAUACCAAAGAAUUAAAUCUGAUCCUUAAUACCUGAUAUUUUGCUGGUACUUCUGCUUGAUCUUGAUAAUGGAUUACUGGAAGCCAGUCAGAAUUUGAAAAGACUCUAGUCUCUCCUUCACUAUUUGAUGCUUUUCAUAGAAGCCAAGGACUCAUUUUUCGAGUAUCAGUAUAUUUGAUCCAGGAAUAAUACAUUUUAGACUGGUUUAGAGUUACUGGAGCUUAUUUUAAAUCAAAGGAAAAACAACUGAGUGUGACUUUGCUGCCUUUAGAACAGUUUGUGAAAAUAUGAUAUAAAGGUGUUUUCAUUUUCCUAUUAUUUUAAAUAUUAUUAUAGAGAGGUAUUAUUCAUGCCAAAUUUUUUUGGUAAACCUUAAAAUUGCCCCAAAUGUUGACAUUAAGUGCAUCAAAUAACAAAGUGUUUUUGGUAUAUUAAACGUUUAUUCUUCAUGCAUUUGUAACUUAAUUUUCUUUCAAAGUAAAUUUUGCCUUUGGUACAGCUAAAUUAAAAUAAGUCUUGAGUACCAACAUAUAUAUAAACAAAACAAUAUGCUUUGUUGGAGGAAAAUUUCCUUUCUUGGAAUGUGGUUGUAGUCAUCCUUGUUCAAUUCUUAAAGUUUGUUUGUUUGUUUGUUUUUUUCAACAGGAUGCAACUUGAAAUUUCCUUUGCAUCAAGGUGUAUGCAAAACAUUGAUGCAGUGCAUCACAAAAUGAAAGUUUGUAUUUAAUGAGGAGGUGCUUUACACUGUACUUUUUGGUGUUUUUUGGAAAAGUUACAUUU